GCAAACCGUCGAUUCCACUAUUGCUGCUCACGACACACACGCCUUGGAGCGAGAGAUGCCAGACUAACUAUUAUUCGAAUGUCUCUCCGGCUAUUAUUAUCAACAAAUAACUAUUGUUUUUCAUUUUUUGAUGAUAGUUUUAAACAAUACCAACGGUGGCGAAUUACUUAUUUUGUGACAAGUUAUGCGAGUUGUGUUGUUUUGGUAAAAGUUGGGGAGCCUUUCGCGCACGUCUCCGGCAGCCAGUCGGUUUCUCGACUAAUUAGGGAAAUGUUGCUGGUAUCCAUUGUAUUGGAGUUGUCGCACUAGCCAGUCGUCUUCGUUCUCACACUAGGAUAUUGUCUCUCUGCGAUGGCUGAGGCGAGGAGAAUGGAGGACGAGGAGCGGGAGAGUUUGAGAGGAGAGCCGAGGGAACCUGUUAUAAGACGCCAACCCAGACCGACCAACUCAUCUGGAGAGAGGCACAAGGAACACAGACUGAGCCAAGGUCCUCUGUCCUCCAUCAGGGCCGCCAUUAAGAGGACAUCAACUAGAUCCACUUCCCUGUGCGAGAGCAACCCCAGAGACAGGAGCCGUCCAGAGAUCACCAUCCUAUCAGCUGGGCCACUGGCGUCCAACACCUGGUUCCCCGGGGCUUCUGGGGGAUUCCCUCCGCCCCCUCCUCCUGCUGCUAUGAUCUGGGGUAGUAGUAUACCUCAUACUAUACAGUCCCCUCCUUCUUAUGACGAGGUGAUUAGAGAGACGAGUCAGGUACAGGUCCAGAUGUUGCCUCCCUCCUUCUCCCCCCAACGCUCUGUCUCCACAACUACCAUCGCCACGCAGACUGACACUGGACUAGAAUUCUCAGCAGUGGCCCACGCCCCCAACCAGAGAGGCUCUGUGGCCAGGAGACCUCCAAGGCCUCCCAGACCUUCCUAUUCCUUUACAGCCAAACUGUUGCACCCUGAUGACACAACGUUGCACCCUGAUGACACGACGUCGCACGCUGAUGACACGACGUCGCACGCUGAUGACACGACGUCGCACGCUGAUGACACGACGUCGCAAGCUGAUGACACGACGUCGCAAGCUGAUGACUCACUCAUCUUCCUAGAAGACAGUCCAGCACUUCGCACACACACUCAGACCAGCAGACACACCGUCAUACACACAGAGGCGACAGCGUUUCACUAUGACCUCUUGACCUCUGAUCCUUUCUCACCUCUGACCUCUGCCCCUGGCAGCCAAACUGACCAAUGGGAGCAGUCCUCCUUCGUCCUCCCCCCUCAUUCCACUGUCUUGACAAUGCCCUCCGACCCUCCUCUGCCCCAUAACCAGCCCAGGCCACGACCUCGCACAAAGAAUAGCCUUCGACCAAUCAGGAGAGAGGUCAAAGUUCAGACCCUGGUGAGGCUGGGACAGACAGGAUGUGAGGUCACAGAGAACCAAGAAGUGAGUCAUCAGGGGGGGAAGUACCUUCAGGAUCUCCUGGACGCCUUCAGCUCCGACGAUUGGGGCUUCCCUGAUCACCAUAGCAACGACGAAGUAGAGAGCGACUUGAGAAGAGAAGAAGAAGAAGAGGAGGAGGAGGAGGAGGAGGAAGAAGAUAUGAGAGCCAGGAUACAAGCCUUUGAGCUGCAGCAGCAACAGGAGGACCAUGGUAACCAUGCAGACAGUGACCAUGGAGAUGGAGCGUUGCUAGGGGGUGGGAAACCUGAACCCCACCCCCGAGUACAAGCACUCCCCAAACCGGCCCCAGUCAUCUCCCGGAAACCCUCCCUCUCUGCCAAGACAUCCUCCCGCAAAGGAUUGUGGGAAGAUGGAAGCUCACUUGCGAUAGACUUGAACUUGACUGUUGAUACAGUUACCACCUCCCAACCCACACCCACUGACCCCUCUCCCAAACCUACCAAGACCCCCUCAAGUACCCCUGUCCCAGUCCUCGCACCCCUACCCCUGCUUCCUAGAAAGCCCCCCUCUGAACCCCAAAGACCAGACCCCCAGGUAAGGCAGACAGAAGGGACCUCCCUACUCCGUCCCCCUCCAAGACCUCCAGUAGCACCCAGGACCAACGGGGCCAUGGUACCCCAGGAGAGAAGCACUGUGGUCGACCUACCAACACCAGCGUUACCCCUUAAACUUUCCAUAGACCUCCACAGCAACAACAUUAGACCAAGUGUUGCUCAGAAGCACAAUGCCAUGUCAUCAUCCCGUAGAGCGAGUGUGCCCCUAUCUGCGUCCGGACUAGCCGUACCUGACAACAGGAGACCCUCUCUGGUCUCUAAACCCUCCAUCCAGACCCCCAUACCCACAUCCCUAGUACCCCUAACCCUGGCCCUGGCUCCACCCCCAAUGGGUCCUAGACCUCCAGUCUUAUCCUCAGCUCCAGCCCAAAAGAAAACCCCACUGGUCUCCUCAGAGUGUGAACCUCCUCUUCCUCCUCGACCCCAGGGAGUGUUUAAGAUGCUCCCUCUCCGCCCCCCUCCCAUGAAGACUGUUCCUGGUCGACACCCACCUCUCCAGGCUGUCUCCUCCUCCUACUCUACCACAUCAUCCAAUCAGCCACCCCCUGCCCAGGCUGUAGCCGCCCUCGCUUCUACAUCAGCCAACCAACAGGCUGUCCCUGGCCCCUGCACCACUCCAUCAGCCAAUCAGCCGCAGGUUCAGAGAGCACCAAAGAAAGGCCCCCCUCUACCCCUCCGACCCAGGCCUGGACACCCCCUGUACAAGAGUUACAUGCCCAUCCUUCCAUCUCAACCCAGUGGAGAGAAGUCCCAGCUGGUCACAGCACCUGUCAGUGGUCUGAGGUGUGUUGCACAGUUCGACUUCGAGGGGGAGGAGGAAGACGAGCUGACCUUCUACGAGGGUGAUGUCAUCUCUCUGACGGAGGUGAUUGGUCAGGAGUGGGGGCGGGGACAGAUCCACGGGCGAAUAGGAAUCUUCCCUCUGGCCUUCACGGAGGUCCUUGAGGAACCGCCUCCGUCGGCAGGGAAUCAGCCCGUUGUCGAGAAGACCACGAAGAUGGACUCCUCAGGUGAGCGAGACCCACGGUCCUUCAGUUACUCAACUAUAAGACCUUGAUUAGACCCAAGGUCCUUCAGUUACUCAACUAUAAGACCUUGAUUAGACCCAAGGUCCUUCAGUUACUCAACUAUAAGACCUUGAUUAGACCCACGGUCCUUCAGUUACUCAACUAUAAGACCUUGAUUAAACCCAAGGUCCUUCAGUUACUCAACUAUAAGACCGUGAUUAGACCCAAGGUCCUUCAGUUACUCAACUAUAAGACCUUGAUUAGACCCAAGGUCUUUCAGUUACUCAACUAUAAGACCUUGAUUAGACCCACGGUCCUUCAGUUACUCAACUAUAAGACCUUGAUUAUACCCACGGUCCUUCAGUUACUCACUUGUAAGACCUUGAUUAGACCCAAGGUCCUUCAGUUACUCAACUAUAAGACCUUGAUUAGACCCAAGGUCCUUCAGUUACUCAACUAUAAGACCUUGAUUAGACCCACGGUCCUUCAGUUACUCAACUAUAAGACCUUGAUUAGACUUUGCCUUUUAAGUUCCAGACAUUUAAUCAACAAUCGUUUCUUUCUUGACCAAAGCUAAAAUAUACAGUCGUGGCCAAAAGUUUUGAGAAUGACACAAAAAUGUAUUUCCACAACAUUUGCUGAUUCAGUGUCUUUAUAAUUUUUUGUCAGAUGUUAACUAUGGAAUACUGAAGUAUAAUUACAAGCAUUUCAUAAGUGUCAAAGGCUUUUAUUGACAAUUACAUGAAGAUGAUGCAAAGAGACAAUA